AUGGAUGGAAUCAAAUAUGCAGUAUUGACAGACAAAAGUAUUCGGUUAUUGGGGAAAAAUAAAUAUACUUUUAAUAUCGAAUCAAGAGCAACUAAGAUAGGAAUAAAGCUUUCGAUCGAACUCUUUUUUGGUGUCAAGGUAAAGGAUGUGAAUAGCCAUCGCCUUCCCGCAAAGAGUAGAAGAAUGGGACAGACAAUGAGACGUGUAAUCAUUACGCUUCAACCGGGUUAUUCUAUUCAACCUCUUAAAAAGAUAAAGAACUUCAAUCAAAAUACUUAA